AAGCGGCUGGUCAGCGUGGCGGACUACGACGAACUUAGCUCGUUUCCACCAGAGCUACUCGGUGCAUUCGAGAACAGCACCGAGUUCGAAUGUUUGCUGCGGGCGCAUCAGGAUGCACAGUCCGAGACGCCGUCCGGUGGAUGUCCGGUGGACUUUGACCGGAUUCUGUGCUGGCCGAAAACGGAUCCCGGCACCUGGGCAGUGCUUCCCUGCUUCGAGGAGUUCAAAGGCGUCCAUUACGAUGUGACACAGAAUGCCACCCGCUACUGUCAUCCGAAUGGUAGGUGGGACAACUACAGCCACUAUGCCGCCUGCCAUCACGUGAACGAGCCCCCGCCGGACAUUGUGGAAAUUUCGUCCAUCAUCUACUACACCGGCUACAUCCUCAGCCUGGUGGCGCUUAGUCUCGCUGUGAUAGUUUUCGUUUACUUCAAGGAUCUACGCUGCUUGCGGAACACGAUCCACGCGAAUCUCUUCAUCACCUACAUCCUGUCCGCCUUGCUAUGGAUCAUCAUACUAACGCUACAGCUCUCGAGUGGCAGCAGUACCGGCAUGACGAGCUGCGUCAUCUUCGUCACGCUGCUGCACUACUUCACGCUAACCAACUUCUUCUGGAUGCUCGUAGAAGGGCUCUAUCUGUACAUGCUGGUGGUGGAAACGUUUUCGGGUGAUAAUUUGCGCUUCAACAUGUAUGCCGCCAUCGGUUGGGGCGGACCGGCCAUUUUCGUCAUACUGUGGGCCAUCGCGAAAGGUAUCACCCUGUCCGGGCAGGGCAAAGCGGACACGCUGGAAAUCGAAUGCUCCUGGAUGCGUGAGUCAGUCGUCGACUGGAUCUUCCAAGGGCCGGUCUGUGCGGUGCUGAUCAUCAAUCUAGUAUUUCUCAUACGAAUCAUGUGGGUGCUUAUCACGAAGCUACGAUCGGCGAACACGGUCGAAACGCGCCAGUACCGGAAGGCAUCGAAGGCACUGCUCGUGCUGAUACCGCUGCUGGGCAUCACGUACCUGGUUGUGCUGGCCGCGCCCGCCGAAGGCGUCGUCAGUGACAUUUUUGCCAUCGCCCGAGCGCUGCUGCUCAGUACACAGGGACUGUCUGUGUCACUGUUCUACUGCUUCCUCAACUCGGAGGUACGGUUAGCGCUGCGCCAUCGGCUGGAACGGUGGAGGGACGAGCGGAACAUUCGCCUCGGUCAGGUCCGGCAGCGAAGUCGACGCUUCACCAAUUCUGGCUACAACCAGUCGAAAGAAUGUUCACCACGGUCCCGCACGGAAAGCUUCCGACCGCUCACCUACAACAAGCGGGAAUCGUGCGCAUCGUCGGCCACGACCACCACCCUGCUCGGUCCCCACAGCUACCCGAGCGCGAUGCGCGGUUCGAACGGUGCCCUGCACAUGCAAUCGAUAGUGCCACGUGCAAUCAGCCCGCUGAUGCAGGGUUUAGAUGAAAAUUCCGUCUAAGAGUGAAGAUUUACAGCUACCCUGCCGGAUGACGGGGAGAACAAAAAACCAGCUGAUCGAUGAUUUCUGAUGAAUCGGAAUCGUUACCAUGAACUCACAAAAACACAACGUUGUGCAACGAUAUCAUCCGCCAUACUCCCCCGAAGCGUUAGCCUUCUCAAUAUGACGGUGUGGAUAGAAAUACUACAGGCUGCAGGGAAGGUAGAAAGAGCGGGUGACAUAAUAGAACGAGUCCCAAUAUAUGUUAAAUCUGAAAAUAUAUAAACAAAAGUAGUUAAACGUUGAGCGAAAAAAGUGUAAAAAGUUGUACUAGUAAACCCCCGAAUCGAAGGAUAAAGAAAGGAAACAUUCCUCGUCGAACAGAUUUUAUCAACAAGUUGUUGUUACACUAAGAGACUAACAUAUAAAAUCGACUAAAAGAGUUAGCAAACUAGCAAACGUAAAAAAAAGGAACCACACAACCGAAAGUAGAUGUAUGUAAAGUUUUGUUUGUACGUAAAAUGGGAGAAAGAAACAGUGAAAAACAAGUACAGUAAGAUGCGAGAACAAAAAAAAGCUCUAUUAUAGAUGUGCAGACAGAACCUACCAGGAAGCGAACGAAGAAACAAGGCGCAUCGAAGCGGUUCCACUAUUCGUAUACUCGCUGUAGUAAAUUCACUAUAUACACAUACAUGCAUACAAUAUUACAUAUUACCAUCAUAUACUGUAGUUGAAAUCUCAUUACUAUUGUUUUAUCUCUCUUUUUGAGUAAAUACAUUUAUUUAAAAAAUGUCUGAAAAUUUA